UACUGCUUUCCAUAUUCUCCAGCUGAAAAUGAUAAUACUAUAAAAAGUUCAAUAAAUGUAGCAUUAUUUUUCAGCUGUAAAUCAACUUUGAGUGGUCCAACCGUCCAAGGCUCCAAGCCCUUGAAAAACUUCAGCAUAUAAUUCCACAAAGCACUUUUGCUCCCCCAUCAAAAACUCUUUCUUCUUUACCAUUUUUUCUCUCUUCUUUUGCUUCUUCUAGCUUUUCCCGAAGGCCACAAAUUCUUCCUUUUUUAUCAGUAAAAAUGUACCCAAUUUUUGGGCUCAAUUUACCUCUAUGAAAUUCCCAAAAUUUUCAUCUUUUUUUCACUCUAAAUUGAAACCAAAAUGAUUUGGUUUGUUUACUUAACAGCUCUCUACUGCAUUGGCCACCUUGUUGCAGAAUUUGUACCUCAAGAUAACUACUUGAUUAACUGUGGAUCAACCAUAAACACCACAGUGGACAACAGAGUGUUCAUUGGCGAUUCUGCUGAACCCGGAUUAGCCCUUCUUUCAAAAAGUAAUUCAAUUUCCUUGAGAAAUCCCAGUUCAAAGUCAUCACCUCUGUACAGUACAACCCGGAUUUUCACUACUUCUUCAAGCUAUGGUUUCGGUAUCAAGAAGUUCGGGACUCACUUGGUACGUUUCCAUUUCUCCCCAUUCAGUUCUCCGCAGUUUGAUUUCAAUAACUCGAAUUUCAGUGUUUUGGCUAAUGGGGUUCCACUGUUGAGCAAUUUUGGUGCCAAGGAUUUUGGUGUUACUGUUGUUAAGGAGUUCAUCAUUAAAGUAGAUAGUGUUGAGCUUGAAGUUUCUUUUGUGCCCAGCAAAGAACAGAACAUUUUUGCAUUCGUUAGUGCAAUUGAAGUGUUUUCAGCACCUAUAAACUUCUUUGUUGACGGUGUUUCCACUAGUUUGAUUGUUCCUAAUAAAGGGGUUAAGGGGUUCAGUCAGAAUAUAUCAUCAUUAGUCCUGGAAACAGUUCAUAGGAUUAAUGUUGGAGGCCUAAAAUUGACACCUUUUAAUGAUACACUUUGGAGGACAUGGAUUCCGGACGAGGAUUUUCUUGUCCUGAAAUCUGCUGCUAAGAUUGCUACAGCCACUCAUUCACCAAAUUACCAACCGGGUGGUGCCAGUGAGGAGAUUGCUCCUGACAACGUAUAUAUGACUGCCCAGCAAAUGAAUAAGGAUAAUGUGUCCACAGUAUAUAACUUCAAUAUAACAUGGGAUUUUCCCGUAGGACCGGGUGAUGCUUUGCAUUUUGUUCGCUUGCAUUUCUGUGACAUUGUUAGCCUUGCUCUGAAUCAGUUGUAUUUCAAUGUAUAUAUCAACGAUGUCGUGGCUUACAAAGAUUUGGACUUGUCAUCACUGACUUUUCACGCUCUUGCUUCGCCGUACUACUUAGAUUUUGUAGUUGAUUCUGGUCAUUCAGGUUCGAUUAGGAUCAGUGUUGGUCCCUCUGAUUUGAACAAUUCUCUGAGGAAGAAUGCUAUUCUAAAUGGAGUUGAAAUUAUGAGUAUAAAGAACUUUGUGGAUUUCGAAAGUACAGGACUUAAGAAGAGAAGAAUUUGGAUUUUGAUAGGGUCAGUCAUUGGGGGGUUUGUUGUAUUGUGCUUUGUGUUACUAGCUGGAGUAGUUGUAUUGAGACGCCGGAGGGAAAGAGGGAAGCCAAGACGUGUAGGAAGCACUGAUACCGGUUGGACUCCUUUGCGUACCUACAGAUGCAGUUCCAUUGGUACAAUGUCAGAAGGAACUGCCCUUACUUCCCCUGGUCCAAAUGGAUACCAUGGCUUGAAGAUCCCCUAUGCUGAUUUAGCCUUGGCAACCAAUAACUUUGAUAAGGAUGUGAUGAUUGGUUCGGGUGGAUUUGGCAUGGUUUACAAAGCAAUUCUUAAGGACAAUACAAAAGUUGCUGUAAAACGUGGCGUACCUGGUUCCAGGCAAGGACUUCCGGAGUUCCACACUGAAAUUGCAAUUUUGUCAAAAAUUCGGCACCUCCAUCUUGUUUCGCUCGUUGGUUAUUGUGAAGAACAGUCUGAGAUGAUACUUGUAUAUGAGUAUAUGGAGAAGGGAACGCUCAAGAGCCACUUGUAUGGUCCAAAACUAUCGCCUUUAUCAUGGAAGCAGAGACUUGAAAUUUGCAUCGGAGCAGCAAGGGGCAUUCACUAUCUUCAUACAGGUUCAGCACAAGGGAUCAUUCAUCGAGACAUUAAAUCGACCAACAUUCUUCUCGAUGAAAAUUAUAUUGCUAAGGUAGCAGAUUUUGGGUUGUCAAGGUCCGGUCCAUGUCUGAAUGAGACACAUGUAAGCACCGGUGUAAAAGGAAGUUUUGGCUACCUUGAUCCAGAAUACUUCAGAAGAAGGCAGCUUACGGAUAAAUCAGAUGUUUAUUCUUUUGGGGUGGUACUCUUCGAGGUUCUCUGCGCCAGACCUGCCGUAGAUCCUGCAUUAGAGCGAGAGCAAGUUAAUCUGGGCGAAUGGGCAAUCGAGUGGCAGAAGAAAGGGCUACUUGAGCAAAUUAUCGAUCCGCAUCUUAGAGGGCAGAUUAGACCAAGCUCUUUGAAGAAGUUUGGUGAGACAGCUGAGAAAUGCUUGGCAGAUUAUGCAAUAGAUAGGCCAACAAUGGGUGAUGUGUUGUGGAAUUUAGAGCAUGCCCUACAGCUUCAAGAAAACGGAACUCCUCCAUCUCCAGCGGUUGACAAUGUUACAAUGGAGCCUCCAUCAGCUGGAGAUAUUCAUCAAGUUCCAGCAGAAAAUAUUUGGAUGGAAAGAGAGACUGCUGAAGGGAGUUCAAACAUAUCCACCAGCAGAGUUUUCUCGCAGUUGAUAGCUAAUGACGGCCGAUAGCUAGCUAUACCGUCUGCUGUCGCAAACAAGUAAUCUGUGUUAUACAUUAGUUUCAAGCGCUGCUAACAGAUUCAAUCUGUGUUCUUUACAUAUUCCGGGUGUAAUAUAUGUAGCCUCACCAAGUUCUAACAGAUGAUGAAUGAGAAUCAAAGUGUUAAUUUAAAUAUGAAACUUUCAUGAUUACCCAAACAAACAAAAACCAAAGAAAAAAGGAAACUUUCCCAACUACUAAUCAGGAGCUGAAGUCAACAUACUGAUGUUACUUCAC